AUGAAGUUCGCAAUACUACCAAAUCAAUAUAUGGUGCUGGUGCUAGCGCUGGCCCUGGUCUCAAUGGGUCAGCUAUCACUGGUGAGCGGCCGCGGUGCUUCCACGCCGGCACCCCUCGCCACGUCUACGGUGAAGCCCACAAGUGCUCCCAAGAUGGAGGCAGCGCACACCAAGCCCACCAGGCCGAUGAUGAUCAUUAAUGCGCCCCCUCAGAAGCAGAAGCAUCUGGUGCCUGCGAACGUGCCGGCUGCCGAGCCUCAGACUGUUGUGGAACAACUGCCUGUUGGCCAUGCUGAGCAUCUCGAGCCGAUGCAUCUGAAGUCAACCCCGCUGCAGGUCAGAGAUGCCAAGCCACUGCAGGUGACCGGCUUCAUCACCAAGACGGGCAACAUCUACGAGAUCGAGGAUCAGAAGGGCAUGGGCGUGAUCGAGAGUCGCCAGGCUGCAGAUGAAGAGGGCCAGAUUGUGUGCAACUAUGGCAACGUGAUUAUCUACAGUGAUGUGCCCUGCGACCAAGUGAGCAGCAGCAUCCAAGUGGGUGAGGUUCAGCAGCUCUCUGGCAACAAAAAUGACUCUGACCAGCAAAUGAGCGCCGAAGCAAGCACCGAGAAACCCGUCGAGGAGGCGGAGCAGCAGGCGCCCGCAGCAGAUGCAGCAGAUACAGCAGUUGCAGCCAAUGGUUCCAACACGCCCCGACAGCAGAGUCAACGUCAAGGUCAGCGGCAAGGUCAGCGGCGUCGCCGACGUCGCCCUCAACAGCAGAAGCUCAAGCAGCAGCGCCGACGCCAGAAGCAACAUCGCCGGAAGAACCAGCAGAAGAAUCGUCGUCAGCAGCAGAGGCGUCGCCCUCAUUCGGGACGUCGCCAAAUAGUGCGUCAGACCGCUUAG